UCCGAAGAUUGAGCGCCAUGUUUCUGGUUUGAAAAAAUGAACACUAAAAAGAGGAAGGGAGGAGGAGAGACGUGGGAGAAAGGAGACGAAAUACUACAAGGAGUAAUUCUUGCCGAUAGCUUUAAUUUUAAAUUUUUACCGAUAACAUUGGAAAGGCCGAGGGCUUUGCUACCUUUGGUGAACUGCACUUUGUUGGACUACACUAUAGAAUUCCUGGUAGAAGCUGGGGUUGAGGAGAUAUUUGUAUUCUGCUGUGCACAUGCUGAUCAAAUAGUCAAACAUUUAAAUGACUCAAAAUGGAUGGGUUCCAGAUCACCAUGUGAAAUUCAUACUGUGAUAGUAGAAAACUGUCUAUCUACUGGUGAUGCAUUGAGGGAGAUUGAUAGAAAGUCCCUCAUCAGGUCAGACUUUGUUCUUGUUAGUGGAGAUGUUGUCUCCAACAUGAAACUAAAACAUGUUCUUAAUGAACACAAAGCAAGACGUCAAAAGGAUAAAUCAUCAAUUAUGACCAUGGUAUUCAAAACAGCAAACCCUGGACACAGAACAAGGUGUCGGGAAGAUGAUACAGUACUUGCUUUAGAUUCUUCAACCAACAGAGUAUUAUUCUAUGAAAGAACAAUAAAGAGAAAGAAGUUUGAAUUUCCACUGACUUUGUUUGCCGACAAUCAUAAUAUUCAGCUAAGAUAUGACCUCUUGGACUGCCACAUCUGUAUCUGUUCUACACAGGUUCCCCAUCUCUUUACAGACAACUUUGACUAUCAAACAAGACAAGAUUUCAUCAAAGGAAUUCUCAUCAAUGAAGAUAUUUUGGGGAACCAGAUUCACUGUAACAUUAUAAAUGACACUUAUGCUGCUAGAGUAUCUAACUUUUACAUGUAUGAUGCUGUAAGUAAAGACAUCCUUCAUCGCUGGUCAUAUCCUAUUGUUCCAGACAACAGCUCAUUCUUCAUGGAAGAUUCAUACAGCUAUAUCAGGCAUAAUUUAUAUCUAGAUAAAGAUCUAUCUCUAGCAAGGGAUUGUGAAUUGAAAGAAAACCUCAUCAUUGGUUGUGGUACAUCUGUUGGGACAGGGACUGUUCUUUCUAACUGUGUCAUUGGGAAAAAUUGUACCAUAGGUGAUAAUGUAACCAUACAAGGUGCUCAUCUUUGGGAUAAUGUAGUGGUAGAGAGUAACUGUAUCAUAUCUGAUUCCAUCCUGUGCUCAGGUGCUCACAUCAAAAAGGAUGUCUCUAUAACCACAGGUUCUCUGGUAUCAUUUAAUGUUGUUAUUGGCCCUGAUAUUAAACUCAAACCCAGAUCUAGAGUUACACUAAAGCAAAAACAAGAUGACGAAGGGGACUUUGGUAUGGAGGAUUUAUCACUAGAGGACAAACAAGAGACUCAAGAACCACCAGGGUUCAAUGCCGAAGAUGUUGGUGAAGAAGGUCAAGGUUACCUAUGGUUACAUAGUGAUGACAUUGAUAGUGAUGAUGAUGAUGAAAACCGUGAGCUUGAUCUAUGGGGUGAGGAGAGGGAGAGCUCCAGUGAAGAUGAAGUGAGUUCAAUCAGCAGUGAAGAGAGCCUUGAACCAGAGAGCCCACCUCCUGAGGACUCUAGUUUGUUUUAUAAUGAAGUACUUGAGACCAUCCGCCAUGGAGUAGCUGAUAAAGUAUCACCGGACAACAUGGUCCUGGAGAUCAACGCUUCUAAGUUCGCGUACAAUGUUACAUUUCGUGAUGUCAAUCAAUCGAUGGUCAAAGCAUUGCUAGAGACGUCCCUGCCUGAUAAUACAAUGGACAAACGAUCCCAAGCAAAAUCACUGAAAAAGACAUUAGAUCACCUCAAACCCUUAAUGGAGAAGUACAUCAGAGAUGCAGACGGACAGAAAGACCUGAUCAUUUAUGCUGAGGAAUUCUUCGCUCUUAACAAGUGGUGCAACGCCAUGCUUCAGAUCUACCUCAAUCACCUCUACAACGUGGAUCUCCUUGAAGAGACGGUUAUCCUUAGUUGGCAUGCCAACCCUGGCGUACAUGAUGACCAUGUCGUGGAAUCACAGAAAAAACUACUACGAGAAAGGGUUUUGCCAUUCAUUAAAUGGCUAAAAGAAGCCGAAGAAGAAAGCGAGGACGAAGACGAGGAUGAUGAUUAGAGCCAGUGGUAUCCUUAGAAGUCGGUAUUACAGUUGUAAUCAUGGUAGAAAUUGAAAAGAUCAAUAAACAAGGGCUUAUAUACUUCA